CGAAGCGUCUCCCGCUAGUUAGUAACCGACAGUAACGGCCAUUGAACGGUGGAGGUGAACGAAAGUGGAAGUGUUUUGCUGGUAAUUCGCGAAUCAUUUUGAAUAUGAGCCUGCAAAAUUCAGUAACCGUUGAACCAGUGGUCAAAAGUAGUGAGAAAUUAGGUGAUGCGACAACUACCGUAGCGAUCGAUUCCGGUGUAAAGAACGUACAGUUAAAUGGGAUUAAGAGCAUCAGCAGUCAGGGAGGUGUACUCGGGGAAAUUUCGACGGAUGAUUGCAAACGUGAAAAAUGGAGCACUAGCAUAGAGUUUCUGUUGUCCUGUGUGGCGCUUUCGGUUGGGUUCGGUAAUGUUUGGCGGUUCCCUUACACGGCACUCCAGAAUGGAGGAGGCGCGUUCCUGAUACCGUACUUGAUUGUACUGUUUGUGGUCGGUAGGCCGAUUUACUACUUGGAGAUGGUUUUCGGUCAGUUUUCCAGCCGAGGAUGUGUGAAAGUGUUUGAUGUGUGCCCACUGAUGCGCGGUAUAGGAGUGGGACAAACCAUCACGAUGUUCACGAUAGUGGGCUACUAUGCGGCUGUGCUUGCCCUUCUUUUCGUUAACAGUUUCAAGCAACAUUUUCAAGCAACAGUUUCAAGCAACAUUUACCGCGAUGCCACCAUCAUAUCCAUCCUGGACACUCUUACUUCGAUAAUCUCCGGCGUGAUUGUGUUCGGUGUGGUCGGAAACCUAGCACACGUUACACACCGGGAUGUGCCCCAGGUGAUGAAGUCCGGACCGCAGCUUACCUUCAUCACCUACCCGGAUGCGAUCGCCAAGAUGGAUUUCGCGCCGAACUUUUUUGCGGUGAUGUUUUUCCUAAUGUUCAUCCUGCUGGGCCUGGGCAGCAACACCGGCAUCGUGACCACCAUCCUGACAUCGGUCCGCGAUAGGUAUCCCCAGGUGACAACAUGGAAAGCGGUGUUAGUCAUAUCGGUCGGCGGGUUUUGUAGUGGUUUGGUUUAUAUUACGCCGGGCGGAUUGACGAUGCUUGAUUUGAUAGAUUACUAUGGAGUUACGUUCGCUACGCUUACCCUGGUGAUCUUGGAAUUAGUCACGUUCUGCUGGAUUUACGGAGUCAACCGAAUCUGUUUUGAUAUUCAGUUCAUGCUGGGUAUUAAAACGGGAAUCUUUUGGAAAAUUUGCUGGACUUUCCUAACCUUACUCGUGGUUGGAACUAUUUUUAUACUAGAAGUAAGCAGAUACCAGCUGAAAGAGGUUCCGUUGGGAUUCAAUGUGUUCGGUUGGUGUCUCUACUCAUUUACAGUGCUGCAAGUUCUUGGUUGGGCUGCGUAUGCGAUGUGGAAGCGACCGGAGCGUCGAAUUGUCCGUAAAUUUAUUCUCGCUGCUGAACCCACCGAGGAUUGGGGUCCCGAAAGCGCGACACUGAAAAACGACUAUGAAAUGGCUCUCCGUCGAUGCGAAGAUUCCACCGGCUUAGAUAGUAAGGCUAUAAUUACUAGACUUUUUAAAAAGUUUCACAAAUAAAUUUCCAUUCAUUUACAAUAAACAUUGUAGUGAAAAGAA